AUGGCCACUGUUGAAUUCAAAUCUAGAGAAGAUGUUCGUGAUGCCAUUAAUAAAUAUGAUCGUUAUGAAUAUCGCGGUAGAGAAAUAUUUGUUAGACAAGAUUACCCACCUCCAGAUAAAAAGAACGAUUAUGGUCCACCACGAGGUAGAGGCAGAACUUAUGAUAGUAGAGCAUCUGGUGGUAGAUAUGGAGGUGACAGAUAUGGUGAUAGAGACAGAUACCGUGGAGGUGAUAGAUAUGGUGGUAGUGACAGAUAUGGUGGAAGUAGAAGAGGUGAAAACUAUGCACCACCUCCACCACCAUCUAAACCAGGUACUGAAGUCUUUGUUGGUAAUUUGCCAUUUUCUAUUAAUUGGCAAGCUUUGAAGGAUUUAAUGAGAGAUGCAGGUGAAGUUGUUAGAGCUGAUGUUAGAUUAGAUAAUUUCGGAAGAUCAAGAGGAUUUGGUACUGUUGUUUUCAACACUGAAGAAGAAGCCACUAAAGCUGUUGAAAUGUUCCAAGGUUAUGAAAUUGAAGGUAGAAAAUUAGAUACCAGACCAGGUCGUUCUACUGGAUCAUCAUCUUCUUCCUCUGGAUAUGAAAGAGAUUCUUAUAGAGGUUCAGCUACUGGAGGUAGUAUUUCUGAAGGUAGAUCAUCUGCUCCAGCUAAUAAGAAUUCCGAAUUCACUGAAGGUGUUACAGGAAUGGGUGAAAAAUCAGAUACUAUUUUUGUUGAAAAUUUACCAUUUGCUACUCAAAAUGAUGAUUUAUAUGAAUUAUUUGAAACUGUUGGUAGAACUACUAAAGCUGAAAUUCAAUAUUCUGCUGAUGGUAGACCAAGUGGUAAUGCUGUUGUUCAAUUUGAAAUUGCUGAUUUGGCCGAAUCUGCCAUUCAACAAUUGAACAAUUAUACUUAUGGUGGUAGAGAUAUUCAUAUUUCUUAUGCUACCAAGCCAGCACAAGAAUAG